AUGAACUAUUUACGCGGCGCCGUCAGUGCCAUUAGCGCCCCGUAUCAGUACUACAAGGAGCUUCCACCCAUCAAUCCUUCUACCCUCACCGGUGCAAUCGACGUCAUCGUCAUAGAGCGUCCAACAAACGACGGCAGUACGGAGCUCGUAUGUUCACCUUUCCACGUACGCUUCGGAAAAUGGCAGGUCCUACGUCCAAGCGAGAAAAAGGUCAACGUGUUCGUCAAUGGAAAUUCAAUCCCUUUCAACAUGAAGAUUGGAGAAGCUGGGGAGGCUUUCUUCGUAUUUGAGACGGACGACGACGUGCCGGAAGACCUUAUUACCUCCCCCAUCAUUCAACCCACUGUUCCAGAUGGACAAGAGGAUGUGGAGAAGAAGGAUCCCGUCGACCAAGACCGUUUUGGAGCGGAGGAUGCGCCGGAGGAUGUCGAGAAAGUCUCGCGAUCGGAAGAUGGGCGAAUGCGUGUCGAGCCCGACUUUCUUGAUCUCGAUGGUGGAUCCCGCAGCGAGGAACACACGGAAGACACGAAGACAACUCCACAGCAAAAACACAACGUACCCAAGUUUGUGCGGAAGAGUGUCUCGAGAGCAACGAUAUCCCAGUCCUCAUUACCUUCGCCACCGCCCUCAAGAGAGCGUUCGAUAGAGCGUUCGCGUACUCCAGAGAUGGACGAACAAGACAGGCGCGUUGACGCUGCGCUCAAAGCUCUGAACGGUGCGGCGCAUGUUCCGGAGGUCGAAUACCACCAGGGUAUCACCCUCGACAUGGAGGGUUAUAAGUCUGGCUAUCACGAUCGAGAGCGUUCAGACAGAACCAUACGCUCCUCCUCAUCUUUAUCAUCGAAGAAGAAUUCAGAUCAAACUGUCGAAUUUCCUCGCAAAUCAAGUUCUUCUAUUUCAUCACUUAGAGCAAUUCGGAAACAGGCUUCCCCUCUUCUUCCACACACGCAAUCAGCAAUACACUCCUCAGAUGCGUCUUCACCUUCACCUUCACCCCCAUCCUCUCCUUCCCCAUCUCCGCCUCCCUUGCAAUCUCCUUCAGCACCCUUCCGCGCAACUUCUGAACCACCGCCAGAUAUUGAAGUGGAUGACAAUUCAGGCCCGUCAUUGACGAUUUCUGUUCAAGAGCACCAACUUACCGUCCAGGAAUACUCCUGGGAAUGGGGUGCAUUUCCACAGCCCUCACCAAUGAAGGCAUCCUUUGGGAAAGGCGGCCGUCCAGAGCCGCCCAAUCCCGCCUGGGCGACUUCUUCGAUCUCGCGACAGAGCUUACCUGGCUCAAAGAGGAAAAGUCGGCUGACGGGUAUGACUUUGCCGCCUCCUGCGAGUACUAGUGCAGAGCUUGAAGGAUGGAAAAAAGAUCAACCUCCAGGACACGGAAUACCUUUAGCAGGUCGAAGUCGGAGCGUUCCUCCGAACUUUGAGGACAGACCUGCCGGGAAGAGGCGCAGGAGCAGCCGAGUUUAUAAGGAGUAUGAGGACGUCGAGGAUGAGGAUGAGGAUGAGAACAUUCAACGCGGGUGGCCGUGGGCAGGAGCAACAUCUGGACCGGAGGGCAGUGAGCAACAGGAUCAAUUGCCUGAGGAUUGGACCUUCGGUGCUGGAGGGACCCUCACUGCUAGCAAGGAAGACUCUUCAAUCCUGGUACUCAACAUUGAAGGAAAGAAGAUGGUGCUUCAGCUCAGUUUAUUUAAGGACCAACAAGAGCACGGAUUUGCUCAAGAGGAGAGGGGUAGGACAGGCGAGCAGAAAGCCAUCGGAAAGUUAAAGAGGGGAGAGGUCGAGACUGCCCGGCUGUUUGACCAUUACAAGGUUGAUUUGAACCGAUUUUUGGACGAUGAUACCGUCGUUCAGGACCCAAGACUCGUCAUUCGGUGGGCAGGCGACCAGUAUAUCACAAGAAGCGACGGAUCUCCUUUGAUGGAUGCUCUUGUACAUUGGCGAGCGUCGACGCAGAAGAAACGCGAAUCUGGGGAUGCACUGCGUCCUGUGUCACCCCCACCAUCAGGUGGAUCGGACCUUUCAGAGCAUUACACCGAGAACGGGCCAAGCAAAGAACACGGGAGGUCCAAGUCUGAGCCCCCGUCCGCUGCGGAAAUGAGGAAAGUUGAGGAGGAAGAUUGUCAGGAGGCCGCCGCUGCUGCGAAAGAGAACGCUGGCAAGACAGAGGGUCAGACCUCGUCUCCGGCCAAGAAACCGACGUCGUCUUCGUGGGUGCAGUGGUGGAGUCGGAGUCGGAAGAACGACGCGGCAAGCAAAGCACAUUUGUCUCUAGACCCUAAAAAAGACAGUUCGAGUGCCUCUCUCCCUCUACCAUCCACCCAGAAGCCUUCCUCAAAUGUGAUUCCUUCAACUGAGUUUGUCAGGGGCAGCAGUGAGCCGUCGACACCAAUUCAACAUCCAGCCGAUGUUGCAACAGUAUCUGGCUCCAAGCAGGACACGACCCCUACCCGGCCUCCUUCAACCGCUUCUGAGCAGCUGCAGUCUCAAAAGAAGUUCGCGAAAACAUUAAGAUUGACUUCAGACCAGCUUAAAUCCCUAAAACUGAAGCCUGGAGCUAAUUCCAUCACCUUUUCAUUAUCUGCAAAUGGGGUGGCUGCUGCAACAGCCCGUAUCUUCGUCUGGGAUUCGAAGGACUUGGUCCUCAUUUCCGACAUAGAUGGGACGAUCACCAAAUCGGAUGGUCUUGGACACGUCUUCGCUAUGAUCGGACGCGAUUGGACACAUGUCGGCGUAGCGAAGCUGUACACAGAUAUUGUGCGCAACGGAUACAAGAUCAUGUACCUCACUUCUCGUGCCAUCGGUCAAGCAGACGCGACGCGAGACUACCUCAAGGGCAUUAAACAGAAUAACUACCAACUGCCUGAAGGCCCUGUCAUCAUGAGUCCAGAUCGCCUAAUGGCCUCUCUGCAUCGAGAGGUCAUCAUGCGCAAGCCCGAAGUGUUCAAGAUGGCUUGUUUGCGAGACAUUCAACGCCUGUUCGGUGAAACCGCGAGAAACCCGUUCUAUGCUGGAUUUGGAAACAGAAUCACAGAUGCACUCUCGUACCGUAGCGUCAACGUACCUAGCGCGCGUAUUUUUACGAUCGACUCAUCGGGAGAAGUGAAGAUGGAGCUGCUUGAAUUGGCUGGAUAUAAAUCUUCGUAUAUCCACAUGACGGAUCUGGUUGACCAAAUGUUCCCUCCCAUCCAUCGGAAAUGGACACCAGAGUACACCGAUUUUAAUUAUUGGAAAACCCCUGUGCAAGAAUUUCCUUUGCCGGACCUGUCUCCCCCUUCGCCUGCUCUUAGUGCAAGAUCUGACACCUCGAAUCAGAGUGCACUGGCGCGGUUGCGUAACUUCAGCCUUGGCGGAAACUCCAACCGACUACCCGUCAGCAAGCAAUCCUCGAUCACAAUCAUACCUGAUAACCGAGAAGAGGCCGAUGGAGAUCCAUAUCGAAGCAGUCACCUGCGCCAGAUGUCCUCAUUCGAGAGGCUGAGCUCGACGCUGGGCUUCAUGUCUCGGGUGAACAACGGGGAUUAUCGGCGCAGUGCGAGCCCAGAGUCAUCUUCGUCAUGUGCCGAGUCUGACGACGAGGAUGAUGACGAGGUUGACACCGAUGGCAAGAGGAAGAAGAGGCAGAGGAGGAGAAGUAUGACGAGCAUGCCUGGCACACUAGAUGAGACGCACUUUGGGAUGGAUGAUGACGAAGAGGAGCAGCCUCCGCUCGAAGACCACCAUUUCAUCCAUCAUGACGACGAAGGGGAUGAAGGCUACGACGGGGACGACCAUGGAGACCCAGAACAAGACCCCGAUGAAAUAUUCGACGAUGACAUACUCGCUGCAGGCGAGAUGAAGAAUGUCCCGUUCUUGUAG